AUGGGACUCUUUCGUGAAGCAUUAGAUGACUGCAGGCUCCAGGACCUGGGUGUUUUUGGGAAGCCUUUUACCUGGUGGAACAAACAAGCAGACGAGUUUGCGGUUUUUGAGAGACUAGAUAGGGGUGUCGCGUCUCUGGAAUGGAUGGAGCUAAUGCCCCAUAUUGGCGUAUCACAUAUGGUAAGUGACAAGUCAGACCACGUGCCGAUUAAUGUCACGUAUAUGCCAAAUAGUGGAGAGAGGAGAAAAAGAAAGAAGGUGUCCAGAUUCGAGGAUAUGUGGCUCACCUCACCCGAAUGUGAGAAGGUCGUAAGAGACGCCUGGACAAAUGCCACGGGUCUGUGGAACGCCAACGAUGUUCUGGAAAAAAUAAAAGUGUGUGGGAAAACAUUACAGGGGUGGGACGCCAGGGAGUUCGGUAAUAUAACGAACAAGAUAAGCAAAGCCAGGAAAAAGAUGGCAGUGAUAGAUGGGUGUGCACCAAGCCCAGAGAUGGUCCAAGAGAGAAAGGAAGUUUGCGAGGAGAUUGACAAGCUUUUAAUGCUGGAAGAGUCGAUGUGGAGGCAGAGAUCGAGGGUGGCAAAUAUGAAACAAGGAGACCAAAACACUAAGUACUUCCAUAUGAAAGCAACUGGAAGGCGUAAAAGAAAUACCAUCAAGGGAGUCCGAAGGGAGAAUGGGGAGUGGGUUCGAGGGCACGAGGAGAUAACAGACGCUGUAAUAGAGUACUUCACGAAGCUCUUCACCUCCAUCUCACCGCACUCAAUGGAGCUGGCUAUGCAGGGCCUCGAAAGGAGGGUAACAGACGAGAUGAAUGUGACCUUAUCAAAACCUUUCGAUUAG